AUGGAAAAAGUAUUAGAUGCGUUAAAUGCAAAACUAAGUGCUGCGAACAAGUUGAAAGAUAUAAUUACUAAAUAUAAAGCUUUACAGACAGAUGAAGAACGUAUAAUAUUUACCCUUAAUUGUAUGUUAGAAUAUGAUAUAAUUCCUGAAAUAUGCGACGAAAUGAAAGAUGCGAAAAAGUCUGAAAAAGAAAGAGAAAUAGCUAAUCAGCUCUAUAUUAAAAUGUUACUUAGAACAGACAGUUCUAUAUAUGUUAAAAUAUUGAAAUUGUAUACCGAAUCCAUAAGUUACGCCCCUAAUCCAUCCAUAGAACUUGCUUUAGCUUAUGCCAACAGAUCUGUUGUGUUAUUAAAAUUACUACUUGCUAAGCUUUAUGUAAGAAAACUUGAAUGUUUAGUGGCACUACAGCAUCCUGAUACAAAUAAUACUAUAAAGGAAACAGAAUGUCUGUUUAAAGAAAUGUCAUUAGAUAUAAUUAUCGUGCCAAAAUUAAAUGAAAAAAUCCUUUCUCAAUAUUCAAAGAUGGAAAUAUCUAAUAAAACUAGCAAAAUGUCAAUCACAGAGUCAAGUCAAUUCUCACUUCCUGAAAUAAAGACUUAUAAUGUUGAAUUUCGUAGUGCAUCUGAUGCUGCAGGAGUAAAGUAUAAUGAAAAGUAUGAUAGACAUGAUAUAACCAGUCGUAAUAUAGAUGCUGCUGAACUACUUGUAACAGAAAAGCCAUAUAUAUCAUUAUUAACAUUUCAAAAUAGGCAUACACAUUGUUCAAAUUGUUUAGAGGUUUGUUGGGCUCUUAUACCUUGUGACCAUUGUAUUUAUGCUAUGUAUUGUUCAGAAGAAUGUAAGACUUCAGAAUGGGAAAAGUAUCAUGAUAUGAAAUGUGCAGUUGUACCGCAUAUGCUGAAAAUGGACUUUAGUAAAUUAGAUGUAUUGAAUUUAAGGCUUGCCAUUAAAAAUGUCAAAGAAGUCACAAAUAUACCAGACUUAAGAGAAGAGUUAAAAGAAGUUGAUAAUUGCAAUGAUCCACGUACAAAAGGUUUUUCUAAGAAUGGAACCUUCCCAAGUGAAAAAUACAGAAGUAUAUUAGGUCUAGCAACAAAUACUGAAAAAUGUUCAGUAUAUGAUUUAUUUAGAAGAUCUCUAGAUUCAUGCUUUAUUUUGUAUUAUUUAGCAACAUGUACUAAUAUGUUUGGAACUCCUUUAAAGAAGAAUUUGUCUGAGUUAAUAACAAAUUCAAGUAGUCUUAUAUUAAGAUAUCAGCAAGUGGUUCUUACAAACGCGGAUGAUUGUGUGGUAGAAUCGCGGCAACGCGGUUGUGUAAUCACACCAUUUACAACUUUGAUGAAUCAUAGUUGCAAUGCAAAUACUGUAAGAACUUGUAAAUCUGGGCAUAUGAUUAUACAUGCUCUGUACCCUAUUAAGGAAGGUGAGCAGAUAUUUAGUUCAUAUGGUCCAUAUUAUGCACUUGCAACAAAAGGCCUUAGACAAAUGAAACUUUUAAAACAGUUUUAUUUCGAAUGUGAUUGUAUAGCGUGUCGAGAGAACUGGCCAUUAUAUCCAUAUCUCAUGUCUUACAAAAAUAUAGUUAAAAAAGAGGAACACCGGCAUAAAAUUCAUCAGGCUUUGAGGAAGUUUACAAAAUAUUUCAAUAUUCUUACGGAGGUAAAUAUAAUGGAUAGAUAUAUCGGUGAAGAUCUGUUAAAAAUGAUCAAAGUAUUACGCGACGUAGUAGAAACUACGAAACGUUUCUACGAUUUGAAUGGUGCUCGAUUCAAUAAGCCUGAGCUUUAG